AUAUGUUAUGUUGCGCUAGUGAAAGAAAUAUCGCUCUUUUGUAACAUGCGUAGGUCCUAGUUUUAAAUUUUGACGUAUUUUUAUUAAAAGUGUUAGUGUACGUUUUCUUUGUUUUACUUUGAACUUAUUGUUUCCGUAAUGCUAAACGAUGUUGAUGCAAAUCUAUCAGAAAUGGGCCACAGCAUUAAAAAUGAAUGGAAAUUUAGUUGCAGAAUGGACGGAGAGGACUACACCCGAGACAGAAACAAGUGCUACGAGCAGAAAUGCGGCAUCGACAUGGGGUCCGACCUCGGUGACAUGAAUUUUAUGAUGAUCGACUAUAUUAAGGAAGCAAUGAAAGCUAUGGCAAUGAUGCGCGGUCAUCAAAUGCUUACAGACGUUACCUUGGAAGUUGGUCAGGAGCUUUAUCACGCCCACAAGGUUGUCCUGGCCGCUGGAAGCCCAUAUUUCAAGGCCAUGUUCACCGGAGGAUUAAAGGAGUGCGAAAUGAAAAGGAUCAAGUUACAGGGUGUUUCAGCAACUGCCAUGGCAUUACUUAUUAAUUUUAUGUAUACUGGUCGAAUUAGAGUUAAUGAAAAUACGGUGUGCCAACUUUUACCUGCCGCUACUAUGUUUCAAGUGAAAAAUGUCAUCCAUGCAUGUUGUGAUUUUCUUGAAAGACAGUUAGACCCUAGUAACGCCAUAGGCAUAGCAAGUUUUGCAGAACAACAUGGAUGUUCCGAUCUUUGUAGUAAAGCGAAUCAAUAUAUUGAACGCAAUUUCACUCAAAUUUGUCAAGAAGAAGAAUUUUUUCAGCUAAGCCCCUUUCAGUUAAUAAACCUAAUAAAGAAAGACGAAUUGAACGUUCAAGACGAAAAGGAUGUCUAUAAUGCCGUCCUUAAAUGGGUCAAAUAUGACGAGGAAACUCGGUAUAAGAAGAUGGAACCAAUACUUUGUGCUGUACGGUGUCAGUUUCUAACGCCAAAAUUUUUAAAUGAACAAAUGAAACACUGCGAUUUACUUAAGAAAACUCCAGCAUGUAGAGAAUAUUUAGCUAGGAUUUUUAAGGAUCUUACACUUCAUAAACGUACUGCGGUAAAAGAAAGAACGCCAAACACCCCCAGAAUUAUUUAUGUAGCUGGUGGAUAUUAUAGACAAUCUUUAAAUGUAUUAGAAGGUUAUAAUGUGGACGAUAAAACUUGGCACACGUUAGCUUGCUUAACAGUUCCUAGGUCUGGUCUUGGGGGUGCAUUUUUAAAGGGUUCAUUUUAUGCAGUUGGUGGACGAAAUAAUUCUCAAGUAAACAGCUACGAUUCAGACUGGGUGGACAGAUAUAAUCCAGUAAAAGAUAUUUGGCGACCGUGCAGUCCAAUGAUGAAACCACGAAGUCGAGUAGGAGUCGCUGUUAUGGAUGGUCUUUUAUAUGCUGUUGGUGGGAGUGAAGGAACGAAAUAUCACAAUAGUGUUGAAUGCUACGAUCCCGAACAAGACAGAUGGUCGUGGGUGAAACCGAUGCAUACGAAAAGAUUAGCAGUAGGUGUAGCAGUUGUUAACAGAUUAUUAUACGCAAUCGGAGGUUACGAUGGCUCAAAAAGAUUAAACACUGUCGAAUGUUACCAUCCUGAGAAUAACGAGUGGACUGUGGUCACCUCGAUGCAUACGUAUAGAAGUGGUGCAGGUGUAGCCGCAAUAAAUCAAUUUAUCUAUGUUGUUGGAGGAUACGACGGCACAAAACAACUUAAUACGGUAGAACGUUACGAUACAGAAAAAGAUACAUGGAUAUUUGUCACAAGUAUGAAAACAUCUCGAAGUGCUCUGAGUGUCACUGUGCUAGAUGGAAAACUAUAUGCAAUGGGUGGCUAUGAUGGUCAUAAUUUUCUUGCAAACGUCGAAGUCUACGAUCCCGAAACAGACAAAUGGGAGGAUGGCGAACCGUUAACUUCUGGCCGAUCGGGACAUGCGAGUGCAGUUUGUUAUCAGAAUCCUAUAUCUUUACCUCUACAUACUGACGCGUUCCCAUCUACGUCUAGUUGAGAAAUAAAUAAUGUCAAACCGCUAUUGAAAAGGUAAACUCCGUCGGUAAAACUGUGAUAUGGUAUUUAGUAAAAUCGUUAUACACAUUAAUGUUUAUGUACAUAUUGUAGCACAUAGAGGUGAGUGUAAAUGAUACGUGGUAAUUAGGGCAAGAGUGCCAAAUAAAAACAAAGAAGGAAGUAUGUAACUUUUCCAACGACUGAUUAAAAUGUUCUGUAAUUUUC